AAAAGCGAAGUACAAUACUCUGGCUGAGCCUUGUUCUUCCAUUGCCUCCAGAACCCUAGCCCCCAAACCCCCAGGUAAGUCAUGAAGCACAACAAUGUUAUUCCCAAUGGGCACUUCAAGAAGCAUUGGCAGAACUAUGUAAGGACAUGGUUCAACCAACCUGCUAGGAAAACAAGGAGACGUGCUGCUAGACAGCAGAAGGCUGUGAAGAUCUUUCCUAGACCAACAGCUGGUUCACUUCGACCUAUUGUUCAUGGACAAACACUUAAAUACAACAUGAAAGUCCGUGCUGGCAGGGGAUUCUCUCUUGAAGAACUGAAGGCAGCUGGUAUUCCCAAAAAGCUAGCACCAACCAUAGGCAUUGCUGUUGAUCAUCGCCGCAGGAACAGAUCCUUGGAAGGUCUCCAAACCAAUGUCCAGAGGCUUAAGACCUACAAGGCUAAGCUAGUUAUCUUCCCAAGGCGUGCUAAGAAGGUCAAGGCUGGUGAUUCUAGUGCAGAGGAACUUGCUACUGCCACCCAGGUCCAGGGUUCAUACCUGCCUAUUACUAGGGAGCAGCCUGCUGUUGACUUUGUGAAGGUCACAGAUGAGAUGAAAUCAUUCAAGGCCUAUGGCAAGCUUCGUAUUGAGCGUACAAAUGCUCGACAUAUGGGAGCCAGGUUGAAGAGGGCAGCUGAAGCAGAAAAGGAAGAGAAGAAAUAAGCAAUUAAGAGUCGUAUUGUAGUCUGUUAAGCAUUAUCAACUUUCUGGUAGGCUUUUGGUGAAAGUUUUAUCAUACAAUCAUUUUGAGGAACUAAUGUUUUUCAUUUUAUUCGAGGAUUUUGUUUUGUUUGUGAAAUUAUGCAAAUCUUUUGAUUAGCGCAA